AGGCUGCUCCCUCGGCUCUGUUAUCUUCCGUUCCCCGCCGUCUAAGCAGCGGAUCUCCUCCGGACCUCCACCAGGAUUUAUUCAUUUCCUACUAAAACUUCACUAAAAGCCGCAGCGCUCCUCCCAUGGUGUCCCCGGGAGACUCUCCGGCAUCCACUCGACUUUUCGGAAACUAUCGGCGGCCGUUUUGGGGUCUUGGAAAUCAUGGAAACGUGGUUCUUGAAUCACGUCCUCGGUUUGUCUCUGUCAGUCCUCCUGCUGGGUCUACCGGGGCCCCUCGGGGCAGGGACCCCCAGUAACAACAGCGCGGAUCCGGUAACGGAGGGAUUUUAUUAUUCGGCGGCAACAGACGAAGCCAGCACCAGGGAAAACAAUGCAACUUCAACUUCAUACUCCAGCGAGAGUUUAUCACCAUCACAGAGGAGCCUGCUGCUCACACACACUGCCGAGACACACGCUGCUGCUGCUGCAAAUCUCGACACGGAGCAGACACAAACCUCCACUGAAACAAGCAGCAGGAUUCUAGAGGCCAUAAGUCUGUCUACUGAGCCGCUCGCCUCCACCCUUGUAAUCCCCACUGAUGGAAGAGCAGCAGCAGCAGCAGCAGCAGCAGCAGCAGCAGCAGCAGCAGCAGCAGCAGCAGCAGCAGCAGCAGCAGCAGCAGCAGCAGCAGCAGCAGCAGCAGCAGCAGCAGCAGCGACUGGAAAGAUUUUACUAACACAGACCAGAUGCCAGGCACCUCUCACGCUGUGUCCCGGGAGGCCAGGCCCUGGAUGUUUACAGAUGAUACCAGCAUGCCGCAGGACAGCCCAGACACCACCCUCAGACUUGGUGAUGCUACAGCUUCGGAGUCGCAGACCGCCGUCCUCACUGACAGCACCUACACCACCACCAUCAGCCGAGCUGGAGAGAGGACCCUGCUGUCUGUCACCUCCUCCUCCACCAACAGCAGCUCGUCUACCUUUACAGAAGACUCAAACUCCCAUCAGCCUCCCUCCACAUGGGGUGUUCCUCCCAAGCAUGCAGAGACUGAGGACUAUACCCACAGUGCCCCGUCCACGAGAACAGAUGGAAGGGAAACGACAGACGAGCACAGGACCGACUCCUCCAAUGGGGUCUUUUCAGAGACUGGGAGCCCUGAAGGUUACAGAGGAACCCAGAGUUUAACUGGACACCCUAGUUCCAGCCAGCAUGAACAGACGUCGACAUCAGAGCAGACCUCCGACUCGACACCUCCUCUCAGGGUGACAGAGCCCAGCACUGACCGGUCUGAAGUGUCAGUUUCCUCCACACCUCCUUUCACCUCACCUGCAGGAGGUCCUACCAACGUCUCAGGGACAGACCAGGGGUCAGACUCCAGUGUUGGAACCUCCACAGAAUCUUCUACUGGAGCCCAAAGCUCUAGCACUCAGAACCAGGAGGGCACUGAGGGGUUUUCAACCCAGACCAGAGAUGGAAGCGUGGGCUUGGGUCUGACUGCAGUGCCCUCUACUGUCAGCAGCAGUACGUCUGAAAUGGACGACCCUCUGACAGAGAGGCCAGUGCUGGUUACUGACGUCUUCCUCACCACCACGCCUGUCACUGUCACAGAAAGAUCACAGACAACAGAGGAAGACACUGUCAAAGCCUCUACCUUCACCACCACCACCACCACCACCAUCGCCACCACGGCCACCAGCACCUCUGUUCUACCUGCAACCUCAUCCUCAUGGUUGAGUAGCUCGUCUAGCAGCUCUACUCCAAUGUCUCCUACUGAGGCCACCAUCCCAUCCACUGCUCCCUCCACCACAGCCUCCACCCCGGUCCUGCACACCUCUCAGCCUCACCCGACGCACCAUGUCUCCCCCAGCCAAACCCAGGGGCCUUCGACUGGGAUCGCUACACCUACCAAAGUCACCACCUUGCACACUGAAGCAAGCACAGGAACUCAGAGAACCACAACAUCUCACAGCCAGGAUGUCACCACCAGCUACACCCACACUAACCCAAUCAAGACGACAGAGGCUCUGCAGACAACUAGGAAACAGACAGACGGAGAAACCACAGAGCUGGUCGUGACAACAUCCCCCACUAAAGUACCACCACCACCAACAUCAGGAAACCCCUGUGAGGCAAACCCUUGUAUGAAUGGAGGGAUGUGUGUGAGCUAUAGAAGGCAUCAGUUCACCUGUCAGUGUCAGCAGGCGUGGACAGGAACGACCUGCAACCAGGAUGUGGAUGAGUGUGAGCAGGACCCCUGUCCCGCUGGCUCCAAAUGUGUGAACACACGAGGCUCCUUCAGCUGUGAAUGUCCGCUCGGGUUUGACCUUGAAGAUGGACGCACAUGCACCAGAGCGAAGACGUUUCUGGGAACGUUCAGCGUUAACAGACUGUCACAUGACCCUGCCAUCCUCAAGAGCACCACCAUGCAUGAGAUCCAGAGAGAGAUCCUUCAGCUGCUCAACAUGUCAUUGUCAGUCCUUCGAGGUUACAGUCGCUCAACACUGAGUAAGAAAGAGGAGGACGGAGUUCGUAUCUUGGCUGUCAACAUGUUUUCCAUCUCCACCGAUGUGACGACUGCUGAGGUCUACAACAGCAUCCAGAUGUCCCUCAGCAACUGCAGCUCCUCAUUGGCCCACUGCCGGAUGGUCCUGCAGCACCAGCUCACGUACCACGUGGAGAGUCUCUGUGUGGCUCAGAAGACUCAGUGUGUGACUGAACGCUCCACCUGCACAGACAGCAGUGGCACAGCCUCCUGCCAGUGUCUUCCCGGAUACUACAAACACAAUCCUGAUGAUUUGUCCUGCUUAGAAUGUGGAGACGGCUACAAGCUGGAAAAUGGCACCUGUGUCCCGUGCAUGUUUGGGUUUGGAGGAUUCAAUUGUGGAAACUUUUACAAACUGAUUGCAGUCGUGGUGUCACCUGCAGGGGGCGCCCUGCUCCUCAUUCUGGUCGUUGCUCUCAUUGUCACCUGCUGCAAGAAAGACAAAAAUGACAUCAAUAAGAUUAUCUUCAGGAGUGCCGACCUGCAGAUGUCCCCGUAUGCAGACUUCCCUAAAAAUAACCGGAUAUCCAUGGAGUGGGGCAGGGAGACCAUAGAAAUGCAAGAGAACGGCAGCACGAAAAACCUGCUACAGAUGACUGACAUUUACUACUCUCCUGCUUUGCGUAACUCCGACCUGGAGAGAAAUGGCCUGUACCCGUUCACAGGCCUGCCGGGAUCUCGCCACUCGUGCAUCUACCCAGCUCAGUGGAACCCCUCUUUCAUCAGUGACGAUUCACGGAGAAGAGACUACUUCUGAGUGCCCCACCUUGAACACACACACACACAUAGACACCCCCUAAAAACGUAGCCACUUUUUUUACUCACAAUAGAUUUGUCAUGAGGAUUUUCUGUCACAGUGACAACAGCUGCACUGUUUCUGAAAACCCAUUUGACCACCUGCAUUCAGGGCUGCAAACUAUAUAUGUAAAUGUGUGUGUGUGUGUGUGUGUGUGUGUGUGUGUGUGUGUGUGUGUGUGUGUGUGUGUGUGUGUGUGUGUGUGUGUGUUCUUGUACUUGCUACAUGGUGAGGACCAUUUUCUGCAUUUAACUAUCAAAGUGAGGACAUUUUUACAAAGUGAGGACAUUUUGGCCGGUCCUCACUUUGAAACAGCCAUGUUUGAGGGUGAAGACUUGUUUUUAGAGAACAGGUAUGAAUUGAGGUUUGGUUAGGGUUAGGGUAAGGAUUAAGUUUAGGCAAUCAGUUGUGAUGGUUAAGGUUAGGGUAAGGCUCUAGGAAAUGCAUUACGCCUAUGGAUGUCCUCACUAAGAUAGAAGUACAAACAUGUGUGUGUGUGUGUGUGUGUGUGUGUGUGUGUGUGUGUGUGUGUGUGUGUUCUUGUACUUGCUACAUGGUGAGUACCAUUUUCUGCAUUUAACUAUCAAAGUGAGGACAUUUUUACAAAGUGAGGACAUUUUGGCCGGUCCUCACUUUGAAACAGCCAUGUUUGAGGGUGAAGACUUGUUUUUAGAGAACAGGUAUGAAUUGAGGUUUGGUUAGGGUUAGGGUAAGGAUUAAGUUUAGGCAAUCAGUUGUGAUGGUUAAGGUUAGGGUAAGGCUCUAGGAAAUGCAUUACGCCUAUGGAUGUCCUCACUAAGAUAGAAGUACAAACAUGUGUGUGUGUGUGUGUGUGUGUGUGUGUGUGUGUGUGUGUGUGGAUAUAGGGGAAGUACACAUUUUGCAAGUAAAAUGUGUUCUUUUGUAACCAUUUUUGUUGUUUUUGCAUGUUUUACCUCAUUUCCUUCAAGUCAUAUACACUUGACGUCGCUUUCCAUGCAGCCACUGAUUCUCAUUUGUGUCAGUGUCAGUGAUCCAUAGCGGUAAGCAUCAUUUCUGCCUCUCCUGUUGUCAGAGUUGUGCUACUGCUGCCAGGUAAUGUACUGCAGAGGAAAAUAAUCUGCACUACAUUAAUGCACAAGGAGUAAAAGCGUGUACGAUGUUCCCAUUGCGCUCAGCGACAAUGUGGGGAAACAUCUUACAAUGGCGUAACAUGACGUGUUGCAAAUCGACCAGAACAUGCAAAAACACUGAUACUGUAGUUCCUUGAGUGCUGAAAUAUGAAUAUGUGUGUGCCACUGCUGUGAUUUGAAAAUAGUCUUGUUAGAGAAUGAAGUCUUGAUGGAACAUGAUGACAAACCACUGAGAGAUGCACAAAAUUUUUUUCCGUGCCCACAGAAACUGAGGAAUGACUUUUUAAUCAAAUGCCAGUGUUUAUUUAUUCCAUGUAUGGUCAAGUUGUUGACAUGUAGCAUAAUAAACAUCUCAUACCUACACACUGACAGACUUUAGAGGGAUGAACCUGUGGCUUUAAGUGCAUGUGUGUCUACAUUUGUGUGUGUGACAGAGAGGGAGAGCAAGUGUGUGUGUUUGUUACAUGUGCCAUUUGUGAUGUGUGUGUGAGGAAUAAUUAUCUGUAUACCAGAAUGAUCAUAACUGUUGGAAUGUAAAGAUGUAUCAUAAUUAGCGAUUUCUGUCAUGGAUUCUUAUUUUUAUGUGAGUGUUUUCUUUCUUUGUGUUUAUAUGGUCUGUUCAUUCUGGCGUUUUAGUCAGAUGUGCUUAUUUAAAUAAAAAAAAUUGCACAGCG